GCCGCCGCCGCUCCCAGGACCCUCAAGGUGAAGAAGGAUCGCUGAUCUCUGCUGCCCGAUAAAUGUAUCCAGUAUGGACCAUACCCUGGGCAGCUUCUGGGGCCUCUUUUGGACUCUGAUGCUGUUGCAUUUGCCGCUGCAAAGAGUUCAUGGAUUCUUCCCCAACUUCUGGUCUCGGGCCAUGGCUUUUGCGUGGGGCUCCAUUACACACCAAGACAUGACUGAAGAUGCCAUUCUCAGCGUCACCUUGCGGCUUUUCAUGGAGAUGCCUCAUCCCAAGGGGAAGCACAUCCGAGAGGAAGACUUCAAGAACAGAACCCUCCUGGCCGAUGACAUCUUUGCAGCUUUCUUUGGUCCGAAGGUAUCAGCCAAGCGUUUUCGUGGGGCCAUUGCUCAGGUGACCAAUGCCAAUGCCGCCAUGGACUUCCUGAACACUACACGGGACGACCCUGUGCUGCACUUCGAUUCAGAGCUCAUCCACUCUGCAAAUGCCUGGCUAUUGCAAGCUCGCAAGGAGGUCUUGCAAGCCGUGCACUCAGAGCAGUAUGGCAUUGCCCGAGAAAAGUUGGGGCAGCUGCUACAUACGUUGCAGGAUUUUUAUAGCCACAGCAACUGGGUAGAGCUUGGGCACCGGCACAUUCACCCACACCUGCUCAAACCAGGCCGGGAAAUCAAGUCCAUUGCAGAAGCUGACAUCCAGACUUGCAGCAGCUGUCUUUACUGGACAUGUGAAGGAAAUCUCUUAGAAGGCCUUGCUACUAAAGGACUUUUGACCACUGGUUACUAUGGCACCAAGCCAGAAAAACCCAAAGGGAAAUGCAGUCACGGUGGGAAGUUUGAUGACAGCCGUUACAGAGAUCCUCAUGGUGGUAUCAAUAAGGAUAGUUCAUCCUUGUUCUUCUCGCCCCACCACUAUCUGCAUAGCGAAGCAGCUGCGCUGGCCCGGGAGGCUUCGACACACUUCCUGGAGGUGCUGUGGCAGGAUAUUGGGAACAAACAGUUCAUGAGAUUACUAGAUAUCAGUCCAGCCACAGGUUUGAGCUUCAUUGUGGACACCACUGGUAGCAUGGGAGAAGAGAUCAAUGCAGCCAAAUCCCAAGCCCGAAAAAUCAUUGAUUCACGCCGUGGCACCCUCCAGGAGCCAGAUUUCUAUCUCUUAGUGCCGUUCAAUGACCCUGAUUUUGGUCCUUUACUUAAGACCAGUGACCCAGAAAAGUUCUGGGAAUUUCUCGAUACCAUCCACCCUUUGGGCGGCAAAGAUGAGCCCGAAAUGUGCCUUUCUGCACUUGAGCUUGCCCUCCAGAACUCACCUCCAUACUCCGAGAUCUUUGUCUUUACUGAUGCAUCGGCUAAAGAUGCUCACCUGAAGAACAGCGUGGAAGCCCUCAUCCAGGAGCAAAAAUGCAAGGUUACCUUCCUAAUCACAGAAGAUCCUUCUAGGACCCGGGUGAAACGGGAAACACUUGCCCCAGACCGAUUCAACCUCUACAUGGACCUAGCUCACAGCUCGGGUGGUCAAAUUAUAUUUACGAACAACGAGAACAUACGACGGGUGGCUGAAAUCAUUGGUGAAUCCAGCAUAUCUUCGGUGACCCUCUUCUACCACCAGAAAGGAGCCACCUUUAGCAUGGAAAACAAGAAGGCUAAGAGGACAAGAAGGCAAGCAACAAAACAGGACGUUCACCCAUUUUGGAUUGACAGCCUGGUUGACAAAGUGGUUCUGACUAUCCAAGGUGCCAUUUGGGCCUUCACCAUCCAGGAUCCUACAGGUUCAACCCAGAGGUCUACGUUGGUUCGUGGUCCGUUAGCUGAGAUCCAGUCCAUUGGAGGCAUCUACAGAGUGUUACUUUUGUCCCCUGUCUGCACUGGAGAAUGGACAUUGGUGCUUCAUUCCAAAGGCAACUACUCUGUUCACAUCCAGGGACAGAGCACCCUUGACUUCCUGCAUUACUUUGCUGUUCAAGUGGAUGGGCGACACCCUGGGCUUUUAAAAAUGGACAGCAGUCCCAUAGAAGGGGUUCCUGUAUACUUGGUUGUUAUGGCGACAGGCUUGAGCCAACCAGAGUCCGGAUCAGUUCAGCUAGAGGCUGUGAACUUGGCAGGGAAGACAGGCAGCCUCGGGGAGAUGAGUUUGCAGAGAGACGCCAACAAGACGGAUUUGUUUGUGGCCAAGUUGCCUCCAUCCUUGUUGGGCAACGGCAGCUUCACUGUAAUACUGUGCGGUGUGGACAGCGAGGGGCGGAAGGUGGAGAGAGCGGCUCCUCAAGUGGCCACCGUUGCGGGAUCCCUGCUGGAGCUGAGCAGAGACACUCCUGUGUUCCCAGGGAAGCCGGUUUCCGUCGCCUGGAAGCUGACAAAUCCGGGUUUGCUCAAGCAGUAUGGCCUGAAAGCCAGCAGUGUCCCCCGGCUCCCAGUUAACAUCUCCAGCUCCAGGAUACAGCUGGGCCUUAACCAAACAGCGACGGGGCAGAUGGCUCUUCACGUCCCCAGUGCUGCUGCUCCGGGCUCAGUGAUCACCAUCACCCUGCGAGCCAGUGCUCUGCACCCAGUGGGGGAUCCCACAUUUGCCCACAUCCACUUGCUGGUGAUGCCACCCCCUCCAGUACACAACCUCUCGUUGCCAUUCUGCAAUGCCUCUUGGGUCAACGGUUCCUGCGGCCCUUCUUGGCUCCAUUGUCGCACAGGCCAUUGGACAGCCACUUUGCGAAUCUGGGACAAAGCUGGUGUUCGCUCUGUGCAGGCAGAGGGCGGGGCCGUGGUCCCCCACCAAGCUGACGGGCUGGCGGAGUCAGUCAGCUACACCUCAGACUGCUGCUCGCGGAAGGCUGCGCUGGUGGUCACCAACCAGCUUGGGGAAAUGUAUCGUUGCCUAGUGGAAGCGCCCCCGGAAGUCCCUGGGAAAGUGGUGGGUUCAACGGUGCCUGAUAUUCCUAGCAGCAGAGCUGCUGCUGCUAUCACCACCUGGUGGCAGGUGUUGGUUGCUUUCCUGGUACCCUGUUUAGCUCUGUGAGACUUCAGG